GUGAUCACACGAUGCACGUAGUUUGUUUAGUGGAUGAUCUUUCUACGUGUCCGGUGCUUCUAAUGGCUCACCGAAUGACAUAGACAUAUUGUAGUAGAAAGUGUAAUGACUUUUCUGAACAAUGUUAAUACUUGUACACAUGUAUUAAAUAUAUGAAACUGACAAAAUAAAAUGUGCGGUAUUUGGGCCUUGUUUGGAUUAAAUGCACCUUUGACCUGCAUUUGUGAGAAUUUUGGAAAAAUAGAACAUCGUGGUCCCGAAGCUUUCAAGCUUGAAUAUGACCAUGCGGUCAAGAACGGAUAUCUUGGAUUUCACAGACUGGCAAUUGUCGAUGAUCUUCAUGGAAUGCAACCAAUGAGACUUUAUAAGUAUCCUCACCUUUUCUUAUUGUGCAAUGGUGAAAUAUAUAAUCAUAAACAAAUCGGUCAAGAAUAUGGAUUUAAAUAUGUCACACAGUGUGAUGUAGAAGUGAUAUUACAUUUGUAUGAAAAUUGUGGCGCUGAAAAUGUUGCCAAAAUGUUGGAUGGCGUAUUUGGAUUUUGCUUAAUGGAUAUUAAGAAGAGAAGAAUUCUUAUUGGCAGAGAUCCUUACGGUGUCAGACCAUUAUUUAAAUUAUUUUCUGAUGAUGGACAACUUGCGGUUUGCUCAGAAAGCAAGGGUCUUAUAGAAUUAUCAAAACGAAUAAAAUCAAAAUGGACAUUGAAACCAUUCUCGCCAGGUUAUUAUGAAGAAUAUGAAAUCUUACAUAAUGGUCGCAUGAAAUUAUUAUCAACAGUAAAUUAUUAUAAACCAGGAGACAAACCGAGCUUUCAAGUAUAUACUCCUUGGAAUGAGUUGAAUAAAACAGAUGUACAUGAAAAUAUAAGAACACUCCUUUCAAAUGCUGUGAAAAAAAGGCUAAUGGCUGAUAGAAGAAUAGGAUGUCUACUAUCGGGUGGUUUAGAUUCAAGUCUGAUUGCAGCUUUGCUAGUAAAACAUGCGAAGGAAGCAAAUCUACCAUAUAAAAUACAAAGUUUUGCUAUUGGAAUGGGCGAUAGCCCAGAUAUUGUUGCAGCUAGACAGGUUGCAGAUCAUAUCGGAACAGAUCAUCAUGAAAUAAUUUUUUCAAAGGAAGAUGUGAAAAAUAUAUUGGACAAAGUAAUUUAUCAUUUAGAAACAUUUGAUAUUACUACGAUCAGAGCUUCUAUUGGGAUGUAUCUUAUCUCGAAAUAUAUUAAGCAUAAUACACAAUCAACAGUAAUAUUCAGCGGGGAAGGUGCAGAUGAAUUGGCACAAGGAUAUAUUUACUUCAGAGAUGCACCCAAUGAAUUAGAAGCUCAUAAUGAAUCUCUUCGAUUACUUAAAGAUAUUUACUUAUAUGAUGGUUUAAGAGCAGAUAGAACAACUAGUGCCUACAGUUUGGAAUUGCGAGUUCCGUUUUUAGAUCUUCAAUUUACAAAUUAUUAUCUAUCACUGGAUUCUGCAACCAGACAACCUCAAGGAGGAAUAGAGAAACAUUUAUUAAGAUCUGCAUUCGAUAACACUAAUUUAUUACCAUCAAACAUACUGUGGAGACAUAAAGAAGCAUUCAGCGAUGGCGUGACGUCAAUUAAAAAAUCUCUUUUCCAAAUUAUACAUGAAAUAAUAAAAGAUCGUGUAACAGAUGAAGAUUUAAAGGCAGCUCAUUUGAAAUACUCUCAUUGUACUCCGAAAACAAAAGAAGCACUUUAUUACAGAAAUAUCUUUGAAAAAUAUUAUGAAGGGCAAGCUGAAAGUUUUACACCAUAUUUUUGGAUGCCUCGUUGGGUAAAGGGAAUUAAUGAUCCAUCUGCACGAUACAUUGCGCAUUACUCAGCAGAAAAAUGAAAAAUGUUUAUAAAAAUAAUAAAAAAAAAGAAUUAUGCUAGUUAUCUAAA